AUGAGCAUCCCUUUUGCUCGCCUCCCCUCGGAGCUGCGUCAUGCCAUCUGGACAUUGGCCCUUGGCGAGCAUGGCGACAACCCCACUAUGGUGCCGUUUCGCACCUCGCGACCGUGGAUGUUGGAAGAAGAAGAUGAUGAUGAGGAUAUGUUGCUCGACGAGAACGAUAUCGACGAACUCUUGUCAGAUGGUCAGUUGGAGGAGAUUCGGGAAUUUGCGCUGCAUCAACUCGCGGAACAGAACGAAGACGGCAAUUUGGUGAUGGCUGCGCCGACAACGCUGCCGAGCAAUGGCGUCGCCAGAUUGGCGGAAGACGAGGGCGAAGUAGCGGACAAUGUUGAAAGGCGAGCAGAAUCUGGAGAAGGAGCCGCAGCAGACUCUGGGGACCAGAUUGGGGCGGAUGAAAAUGGCGAAGAUGACGAGGACAACCAGCAACACGGAGAAGGCUAUGAAGAUGAAGAUGACGACGUUGACGACGACGACGAGGACGACGACGAACCAGACGACUAUGCCGAAGCAGAGGACUUUUAUGCCGACAUGGGCGAGUUCGAACCAGGCAAUCCAUACACACAGGAACCAGUUUGGGAUGACGAGGUUGUCAUUCCCGUCUAUGUUCCACCUCUACUACUAGUUAACCGUGAGGCACGCGACAUAACCCUGAGAUGGCUUGCAAAACACGACAUCCAGCUCCUGCGCACCACGAUUGCGAAGAACGAGAUCAACACCGGUUUCACCCUAACCGAAGACGGCCUCCCGCCGUACACGCGAAAAUACGACCCCGAACGCGACAAUCUUUACGUGGACCGUCGCUUCUGGCGACGCUUCUGCGAUCGUAUAUAUAUGCCACAUAUGAUGGCGCCGUUGGACAGCGACGACCCAGAAGAGCAACAACAGCAGCAGCAGGAGUCUGUCCUUGAUAUUGGCAAGACCAUCAAAUAUCUAGCCCUUCCGGCCUUUACCGUCUAUCAGAGCGUCAACACGUUUGCCGAAAUUCUACAGUUUUUGCCCAACAUCAAGCAGGUUGCCUGCAUCUGGAACGAUUUACCCACCAAAAACUGGAAACCCGAGGUCGUAUACCAGACGGUGCAGCGCGACGGCCAGCCUAAGACGCAGGUGACGAACGUGCUUGUGCCGCGAUGGGAUCACGUUGAAAUCAGCGAGAAGCUGACGGAAAAAGAGCUCGACAGAAGGAGGCAAGACACGGAAAGGAUCAAGGCGGAGCGGGACAAAUCUCGUCAAGAGAGGCAGGAAAAGCGAGCGCAGGCGGCCAAAGACGGCACGAAUAAUGAUGGAGAUGAUGAAGAUGACGACGACGAUGACGAAGACAGCGACGAAGACGAGGGCAGAGGGCCGCUUGUCACCAUGUGCAUAAGGGAUCCAACUGAUGGCGAGUCCGUCUUUUGGGAGAGGGGAUACCUGACCGAUUGGCAGGAUGAGAUCCAUGAUGUGCUGGCUUUGAGUGAGCUUCCUGACCAUGUCAGGGAUACCUAUGAUGGCACAUUCACAUUGCCGCUUGUGCCAUGCAAUGCUGUCUGUCCCGCGGCGAAAAAGAUUGAGCCUGUGGAAGGACAUGUUUGA